UCCGCACCUCACCCGCUCCGCCACCCCCCCCCGUUUCCCGUGGAUGGGACCGCCUGAAGGGCGCCUCGUAGAGCGCUGGAAGGGACCACUUGGCGCGCGGGGGGGGGGGGGGUGGGGUGGGAGAGUGAGCGUAGCGGAGCGCGGUUUCCCCUGGCUGGAGCACAAUGGGCGGUGGUGGAUGCCCGCGGCGCUGCGCCGGGAGGCAGCGGCAUGUCGGGACAUGUAGUCACGAGAGCGCUACUUCCCGAGGCUGGGGGCUCAAGCAGCAUCCCACUGAAACUCCCGCAUCAGAAGGGUCCCGCCCCGGGUGGGAAGCCCGCAGCCGUGGGAAGUGGCGGGGGGCCGUGCGGAGGCGGUGCCGAGGCGCGGCGGCCGUGGACGCUGGGCAGCGGGAAGAUGGCGGGGCGGGACAGGGCAGGGGACGGGCGCGGACACCUGGCCGGGGACCGCUCCUCGCGUAUUUCUUUACAGGUGAAGAAAGAUCUAUCUCCACGGCCUUGAGUGAUGCUGUUGAUGCAGUAAAACUGUGUAAUACAGGCCGAUGAUAAAGGCCCAAGCUGAGAGGCAUAACCUGGCUAAGUCACUCCUGCCCUCUCUCCUGCUCAUUCCUGCCCCGGGAGCGUGUGGCGCCUGCAGUCACACCAACACAACCCCUGUCGGACAGGACAUCGAACCAGCUCAGGGAAGUGUCAGCUGCAAUAUAAGUCCAUAGCAAAUUGGUGUGUUUUCUUCUCUGAUCAUUCCAUUAAUCUGGCUUUGUCACCAAAAAAAACCUACAAAAAGCUUUGUCUACCUGUAUUGGUGUGAGAUAUUACUGUUUUAGAAGGCUGCCAAACAAUAUGACUUCCACACCAGAAUAAGUACACUGGCACAUAACCACCCUCAGCCCAAUUCAGUGCCUAUCAAAUCAGCAUCUGCCUAGUGAAGGCAAGUUUUGAAACAUGGCGUGGGAGCCUGAACUGUAGCUGCUGCUGCAAGGACACAUAUCUCCUGGAUCUGCUACAGUCAUCUCUGGCAGAGGGGUAGGCCAAAAAAUUGAGAGACUUAGCAUUUUCACAUUCCUUGCUGCAGACUUCAGCAUCUUAUUAAGGGGUUGGAUUUUUUCGCUGUUCAUGUUCAUCAAUAUACAGGAGACAUAAGGACACAUGAAGGAGCUGGGAAAGGGCAUCAGUUCUGUGCUGAUGUUUAGUGAAGCCUAAGCAAUCCACACAAACACAUCUGCUGUCAAAGGUCAGUCUCCUCUCCAUGUCCUUUGCACCAGCUUUCAUAAUAAGCUAAUCAAUUGACCCUGAAGAACCGCAAGAAGACCUGCUUUUCAUGUUUUAAUUCCUCUCUUCCUCCUCCUUUUCCUUCUCCAGACCUCCUUUUCUACAAAACCAAAAGGCACCUUUAAAGGAAAAGACAGAAAAUAGAGAGAGAGAGAGAGACCAGAGACCACAAAGAUAUCUGGGGCUUGGAUCAUCAGAUAGUUUUUCCAUGUCACCUUGCUGGAUUUCCACCUGCUUAGGAAGCUUGCUGUUUGCUCAGCAGUUGUCCUGGCAAACCUGCUCCCAGUGCCAGAUGGCAGGUAACUUCAGAGAAGUAAUACCUGAGACUACACAACCAAAUAAUGAAGUCUGGAAUGUUAUAUGGUUUUCUUCAUUUAUUCACACAACUGAGUUAUGGAGGAGGAAAAGAGAGAUCAUGAUGAAUCUGAUAUCAUUAUCGCCUAACAUGGAAAGGACCCAGUUGUCAGUCUGGCCUCAUUCACAAUCUGCAACUGAAUUGUAAUAAAACUAUUGUAAAUCAGCAAGUGUAACCGUGGCCUUUCAUUUGGUUUAACUGAUAAGAAGGUUACAGAGUCUCAGAAGAAAAAAGCCCCCAAACUAGGCAUGUGUUGUUUGCCAAAACAAAGGUAUAGAUGAAAUGAAGACAUUAGGAAUAGCAUGGAGAACUGUGCUUGGCAUUGCCUGCCUGUGCAUCUGGACCUGCACCUGUGAGAGCUGCAAACCAAAUACCACCAGUUUUAUCUCCCACAGCCCUGCAAAUGCCACAUGAGGUUGUGUCAUGUCUGUGCUAUGAAAAGACACCUAAAGCCUCAGCAGCAAAAAUAGCAUUUUAACUCAGACUUUUGAUUUGAGGCUCCUACUAUCUGGGUUAACCCCAGACAUCUGACCAAUGCAGCAUGUGUGCGUGACUGCGUAUUUGUGUAGCUGUAGGACAGGGGCGGAAAAACAGACACAUAGCGUGAAUUACUCACCCUGUAGAUAGAACAGGAAGUUUCAAGCCAACCCUGUAGAAGAAAAUUCUAGUUUUGUCUAAACAAUCCAUACAACUAUGGUCCUUGAAGAAAACAAGUAAAUCACCUACAGCUUCUCUGCUAUGAUCUUAUUUUGCCUUGCUGUGUACCACUCAAGCUGCUGCAGGGAAGGAAGACAGUUUUUUCUGUUCCAAAGUGGCUUCUCAUGUUCCCACAAGGUAAACAUGGUGUAAAUUGGUAAAUGUGCUUCCUGGCCUGCACACCAUGGUGCUGCCCAGUCAAUGGGUGGGAUUACCACAUCCCAGUUUACGAACCUUCAGAGGUUUCCCUCAAGCUGAGAAGGAGCACAGGCUCACAUCAAAGCUGUUUGGAUUCAAUGCCUCUGUGGCUUGCAGCUGUGUUCAAAAUCCAGUGCAUAUCUACCCAAAAGUGUGUUUCAGUCAGAAAUCAAAGAACUGGGAUGGGAGGGAAGGGUGAAAGAACCCUACAGCUCUGAGUAAAGGCAUCAACUCCUACAGUUUUAAUUCCUCCUUUGUCCAGCAAAACAAGAUCUUGUGUAUUCUUUGUAAUUUUGUGUGACUACAAUGAUCACUCACUUUGUCACUGAUUUCUUCUCCCUUUUGCAAUAAUCGACAGACUCAAUAUUUGGAAUAAUGCAAAAGAACCAUAAUGCACCAUAAUACUUUAUGGUGUUGUAUAAUUAUUAAUGUAAUACUGCAAUUAUAAUUAAAUUAUGAUCAAUAUAUCCUAUACAUGAAAGCUCAACUAAUUUUAUCUGUACUGAGUAUCUGCAAAGUUUUUGUAAUCAAAAUUAUUCCAGAUAAAAAAAAUAGAUGUUAGCAUUUAUAGAUUUCAAAAUAACACUCCUGAAAUAUAUUUUAAGUGCAGUUAGUUGGAAGUUUUCUAAAAAUGUGGUGUUUCAAUGGAAAAUGCUGCUUCUAUAAAAGUUACAUUUUCCACAGGAAACAAUUUUGCCAAUGUUUUUCUGCUUUCCGACAAAAACAAUGCAGUGUUAUACUUACAGAUGCAGAAAUGUCUUUACCAUUGAAGUCAGCACAACUUGGGUUAGGCACUCAGCACAUGAAAGAACUGGAGCAUGGAGUAUAAAUGCCAGGAAGCUGUUGAACAGCUCAAGGGUACACAUAAAAACUAAGUCCAAGCGAAACAUUUGUCUUUGAUCUGACAAACUGAAAUGCAAUGUGUCUUUCCACAAAUGUCAAAAUGUUUCAUGCUGGUUGAAAAUAGUUAAAUGAAACAUUCAGGAAGAUCAGCAUCGCAUACUUUUUGUAUACUCUUAUUCUCAAAACAUUUCGGCAUUUAGUCACUUUUGUUUCUGAAGAGGAUAAAAAUAAUGUUUCAAGUUCUCUGGAUGAUCUUCAGCUACAAUUUAACCAUUUAGAUUAUAAGUAAAAAGCUAAAAGACAGCAACCCCCUUGGAGUCUCAAAAUUCUAAUCUGUAAAAACGCAUUGUGGACAAUAGAUCUGAAUAAGAUACAUAGUAUCCUUUGUAUACUAGAAAUAAAUUGAAUAUCUGAUUUAAACCUGAAACUAAUCUCAUUUUAAAUGAGUCAUAGAGACCUGAUCAGUGUCUGUAUAAUAUGUUCCAUUCAUAUUCAUUAAAUAUCAUGUGACUGCUGGAUUUCUUGACAUUUGCCUCUAUUACUCUCAGUUCAGCAAUGACAGGCUCCUAUAAUUACCACUGAAAAUACUCCUACUACAAUUUAAUUUUACCUGGCUUGCUUAGUUUUUAUUUAUUUAUUUAUCAUCUUCUGGGAUUCCUAAUGUGACACUGCUAAAAGCAGUUAAAUGAGACAUUUCCUAUGCAGAUAAUAACUAUUCUAGACCAGAAUUACUGUUUCAUGAUCAGUGCAUAUUUUGGAAUCCUGUCUAAGUGUAACAUACACCACUCCACCCCAUACAAACACAGUUUUAGUAUAUAGAAGAAACUGUGUUCUUGCUGCAGCACUUGCUGAAGCAGCAUUGGGGUUUAAAGUGGCUUUUAGGUAUUGUUAGCAUGCAACUGAAACAUAAAUAAGAGUGUGCAUUAUGAUCAUCAGCUUAAUCUUCUACCAUGACCAGCUUUAAAAAGGAAAUAGCUGUGAAAUACAGUCCAGACUUCAAAUGUUUCUGCUUUUUUUUCUUUUUUUUUUUUUUAAGUUUGUUGACUGAGAUACUUCUUUGAUUUUUGUGAGUGGAAAAAAAGAAUGUUUCAGAAUAUAAUCAAGAUUUUCUGCAAGUUUUUAACAGUAUCAAAAUAAAUAGCAUGUGGUUUUCAAAUUAAUUGCUGUGUCCCCUUUUGAUAGUUGCUGCUCAAUAGCCUUACUGUAAACUCAUCCCUAAGAGGCCUGAUGACUGUUAUUUAUACAUGUCACUAUUAAUGCAGUAGAAGACCUGCUUUGUGCUGUUGGAUCAGGAAAAUCAGGAGCCAUUUUCCAUCUGUGUCUUUUGACCUUAUUAAAAUUGACUCUUAAAAACUAAA